UUGGUUGCGGCGUGGCGGUGCCCCGUUCUCCUGGUGGCGGGAGCGAGUGUUCAUGUCCUAGCGGCCGGCGCGGCGGGGCCGGGCUGAGGGGGCCGCUCCAUGCGGGCGCCGCGGUGCCGGAGCGCUCUGGCUGCCCUGGCGGUGCUGGUGCUGCUGGGGGCGGCGGCCCCCGAGCCGGCUCGCGGCGAUGCCCGUGGAGGCGAGGUCGGGUUCGGGCUCGGGGCGGCCGCGGCCCCCGCCGCUCUCCCCGCUGGGCCCGACGGGAUCGUGGAGGACGAUGAGGCCGGGGUGGCGGCUGCGGGGCCCGGGGAGCAGGAGCCCGAGGAGGAGGAGGAGGAGGAGACCCGGCCCGGCGGCAGAUCCUUAGUAAUUAUCAGCACUUUGGAUGGACGAAUUGCUGCUCUUGACCCUGAGAAUAGUGGCAGAAAGCAAUGGGAUCUGGAUGUGGGAUCUGGUUCUCUUGUGUCAUCCAGCCUCAGUAAACCAGAGGUAUUUGGGAAUAAGAUGAUCAUUCCUUCCUUGGAUGGAGAUCUUUUCCAGUGGGAUCGUGAUCGAGAGAGCAUGGAAGCUGUUCCUUUCACAGUUGAAUCGCUUCUAGAGUCAUCCUACAAAUUUGGAGAUGACGUGGUUUUGGUUGGGGGAAAGUCCCUGACCACAUAUGGGCUGAGCUCAUACUCGGGGAAGGUGAAGUACAUAUGUUCAGCUAUAGGCUGUCGCCGCUGGGAUGAUGAUGAAACAGAACAAGAAGAUAUUCUUCUCCUGCAUCGAACCCAGAAAACAGUUCGUGCUGUCGGGCCACGUAGUGGUAAUGAGAAGUGGAAUUUUAGUGUUGGUCACUUUGAACUGCGCUAUGUCCCAGACAUCGAAACUAGCGUGGGAUUUAUUGAGAGCAAUUUUAAAUCAAGUAUAAACAAAGAAGAGUCUAAAAUCAUUUCGGAUGUGGAGGAGCAGGAGGCUGUGAUGAAGGAUAUGGUGAUAAAGGUCUCAGUAGCUGACUGGAAGGUUAUGGCUUUUAAUAAGCAGGGAGGACAUCUGGAAUGGGAAUAUCAGUUUUGCACUCCAAUUGCUUCUGCUUGGCUGGUUAGAGAUGGGAAAGUCUUUCCCAUCAGUCUUUUUGAUGAUACAAGUUACACCGCUAACAGUGAGGUCCUAGAAGAUGAAGAGGAUCUUGUGGAAGCUGCCAGAGGAGCCACAGAGUCUAGUGUCUAUUUAGGAAUGUACAGAGGCCAGCUUUACCUUCAGUCGUCAGUCAGAAUUUCUGAGAAGUUCCCAACCAACCCAAAGGCUCUGGAAUCCAGAAACGACAAUGCAAUUAUCCCGCUGCCCACAAUCAAGUGGAAACCUUUAAUUCAUUCUCCGUCCAGGACUCCUGUGUUGGUGGGGUCUGAUGAAUUUGAUAAAUGUCUCAGCAAUGACAAGUUUUCUCAUGAAGAGUACAGUAACGGAGCCCUUUCAGUUCUGCAGUAUCCAUAUGACAAUGGUUACUAUUUACCAUACUACAAAAGAGAGAGGAACAAACGCAGCACCCAGAUCACUGUUAGGUUUGUUGACAAUAUGAACUACAAGAAUAUCCGCAAAAAGGAUCCAGUUCUGCUUUUGCAUUGGUGGAAAGAAAUAGUUGGCACCAUCUUAUUUUGCAUUGUAGCAACAACUUACAUCGUCCGCAAGCUCUUCCAUCCCCAUCCUCACAACAGACAGCGGAAGGAAUCUGAAACACAGUGUCCGACUGACAGUAAAUAUGAGCCGGCUAGUGGAGAGGUUAAAGAUAACAGCUGGAAUGACAUUAAGUACUCUGGAUAUGUUUCAAGGUAUUUAACAGAUUUUGAACCAAUUCAGUGUAUGGGUCGAGGAGGAUUUGGAGUUGUUUUCGAAGCCAGAAACAAAGUAGAUGACUGCAACUAUGCUAUCAAAAGGAUCCGUCUACCUAAUAGGGAAUUGGCUCGUGAAAAGGUGAUGCGUGAAGUUAAAGCAUUAGCUAAACUUGAGCACCCAGGUAUUGUUCGAUAUUUCAAUGCAUGGCUGGAAGCACCACCUGAGAGAUGGCAGGAAAAAAUGGAUGAACUGUGGAUAAAAGACGAAAGUACUGACUGGCCACUCAGUUCUCCCAGUCCGAUGGAAGUUCCAUCAUUCAAAAUUAGAACAGAGCCAUUCUCUACAAAGGAGCACAUUGAAGUUAUUGCUACAUCACCACAGAACGUUAAGUCUUUCUCUGUGGGGAUAGCUUGUGGCCAGUCUGAUUCAUCAGAGAGCCAACUUUCUCCAGUGGAGUUCUCUGCCACUGACAACCGGGACUUGAACCAGUCAGCAGAUCUGAUGUUAAACCUGCAGGACAGUGUCCUUACAGACUGUGAUAUAGAGGACAGUACUGUUGAUGAGACUGAUCCCGGCCACUCCGUUGAACUUUGUCCUCCAGCUGUGCCUGGUGUACGGCUGAGGGAGAGGACCUCUUCCUCCAUUGUAUUUGAGGAUUCUGGCUGCGAUAACACUUCCAGUAAGGAAGGUAACAGAAGUGAUGCUUCACAUGACUACUGCCAUUGUGAGGAAAAAGCAACAAGUGAAAAAGGAUUUGAGAAUAGGAAAUCUCCUUCAGGAAGCUCUCUGUCUGUUUCUCCACCAAGACCAACAAGUUUAAGUCUGGACCUUUCUAAAAAUACUGCAGAAAAAGUCAAACCCACCUCGCCAAAAGUAUACCUCUAUAUCCAGAUGCAGCUGUGCAGGAAGGAAAACCUCAAAGACUGGAUGAACAGAAGAUGCACAAUAGAGGAGAGGGAAAGAGCAGAGUGUCUGCAGAUAUUCCUGCAGAUAGCUGAGGCAGUUCAGUUUCUUCAUGGUAAAGGGCUAAUGCAUAGAGACCUCAAGCCUUCCAAUAUAUUUUUUACAAUGGAUGACAUAGUAAAGGUUGGGGACUUUGGCCUGGUAACUGCUAUGGACCAAGAUGAGGAGGAAGAAUCUGUUCUUACUCCAAUGCCAGCUUAUGCCAGACACACGGGACAAGUUGGCACCAAACUUUACAUGAGCCCAGAACAGAUUUAUGGGAACACGUAUUCACACAAAGUGGAUAUCUUCUCUUUGGGACUGAUUCUGUUUGAGCUGCUUUACCCCUUUAAUACUCAGAUGGAGCGGGUUAGGACGUUAACUGAAGUACGAAGUUUGAAGUUUCCACCAUUGUUUACUCAAAAAUAUGCACAGGAGUACGCUAUGGUAAAGCACAUGCUCUCUCCAAGUCCCACUGAAAGACCAGAGGCAGAAGACAUCAUAGAAAACUCUUUAUUUGAAGACUUAGAACUCCCAGCAAAAUCACUGCUUAGGCAGAGGUCACGGACAAUGAGUUCCUCUGGAAUUAAGCAUUCAAGACAACCAAGCAAAUAAUUGGGCAUAAUUAUCCUGAGUAUGCUCAACACAUCUCAAAGUGACUGUUCAGCAGGCCGGAACCUCUGGCACGUAAUGUUGUUCUCUGAAACAGUUGUUCUUGAUUUCUCACGUUAUGCAGAAAACAGGUUGGAUGGAGCUCCGUUAAUCUUGUUCACUAUUGUUAGAUGACCCAAUGCAAGCCAAUAACUAAACUUUUUGCAUUCCAUUACUCUUUCUACCUUGACCCUCAUAGGUUGAUUGCUCCAGCACACUGCUUCCAUUUUGUUUGGAUACUGUAAAUGUUAGCUGUCUGGGGAAACUGGAGAGAUCUGUAAUAUGUAAAUAGAAUUAAAAUACUGUAUUUUUAUAGAAUAAAUUAGUCUCUAAACCUGAUGACUAUAUUCCCUGAUCUCUCUCCUCUCUGGAGAAAUGAAGGUGAUCUUGAAACUUUGAAAAAUCAUGACUCCAUUUUUGUCCCUGGUGGGUAAACUGGGAAUCUGCACUAUUUUUAAAGUAAAAGUAUCACAGGUGUACAUAUGGUCACUAUUCAUAGCCUGUCUUUAGAAGAACUGGUGGAUUGUAUUUCCACGCCAUAGUAGAUUUUAGGGGAUGUGUUUUGUACUAACAAGCCUGUAGAGAGCAAAAGGAGGUUUUUGUCCCCCGCUCCCCCUCCCCAAAAAAGGUUAUAGAUACUGAUAUGAAGAGCCAUAGUAAGAAAUUAAGCAUAUAUCAAAAUCUUGAAAUUCUGGAAUUUUUAAACCUAAUUAAGUCAUAAGUAUGUUAUGUAAUACUGUAGAUUUGUACUUUUUUAAAUCAACUGUAGGCAUUUGUGUCAUCUGCUAAUUUAACUGCCUAAUGCGAAGCUUUUAUUGUUCAUUGUAAAUAUGUUCAUUUUUAUUUAUAAAAUGCAGAAUCAAUCCGUUUGGGUUGUGGUGUACAGAAUGCACUUACUACAGUUGUGGAGUGCAUUAAUUAUUGUGACUUCUUUCAAGUCUAAAUGAUUUAAUAAAGUUUUUUAUUUAAAGCUU